AUGCGGUCGACUUCCGCAUCCUUCCUCUCGUUGAUCGCUCUGGUCGCCCUACCGGCUGUAGCUUCGAGCAAUUACUCCGAUACCACCCUCGUCUCUCAGUCUUUUUCCCUCCUCGAUGACCGACCGCCGAACUGCCCUCCGUGUUUCAACUGCCAGCUCGACAAGUACGACUGCUCGCACUUCGCACCUUGCAACAACUUCAGCGGUAAAUGCUCCUGUCCACCCGGAUUUGGGGGAGAUGAUUGCUCUAUCCCGGAGUGCGGCUCGCUAUCCGACGGUGCGAACCGGCCUGUCCGCGAUGGGGAUACAUGCAAGUGCAAGGAUGGCUGGGGAGGCAUCAACUGCAACGUGUGCCAAACGGAUGAUGCCUGCAAUGCGAUGAUGCCGGAAGGCAAGGAUGGAGUUUGCUAUAAACAAGGAGUCACCUCGAAGGAGAAUUUCCAGAUGUGCGAUGUUACCAACCGGAAGAUUCUGGACCAGUUGGAUGGCCGCAAGCCGCAAGUAACCUUCUCGUGCAAGGAAGAGGAUCAUACAUGCAACUUCCAAUUCUGGGUGAAACAAGUCGAGUCAUUCUACUGUGGACUGGACACAUGCAGCUGGAAGAUGGAGAGCCAGGUCGAUACCAACACGACCAAGUACAGCUGUGAAAAUAUGCAGUGCAAGUGUGUUCCAGGGCGGUUCCUGUGCGGCGAGAACGGCUCUAUCGAUCUCACGGAUUUCCUGGCCCAGAUGAUCAAGGGACCAGCCAGCUUCCUCACAACAUCCACUCUAGAGGGCAGCAAAAGUGUCUUCUCGGAGCCUCAGAUGAACACCUUGAUUAGUCAAGUUUUUGGAGACCCAAGCAUCUUCUUGUCCUGUGAUUCGGGAGAAUGUCUUUAUAAGACCAAUAUUCCAGGUUAUGAGCGGCCCGUCAAGACGAUCAACACUCCGCUCAUCGCGGGCGUGAUUGCAGGCUGCGCGCUCUUCGUCGUGGCAGUGAUCUUGGUUGUCUGGUAUCUCUCUCGCCGUGCUGCCCGCCGAAGCUACCUACGCCUCUCCCUGUCUGAUGAUUCAGACGAUGAGGCUGCGAAACUCUUGGCAGAGCACCGACCCGCAGCUUUGUAUUGGAACAACGUAUCCUACCAUUUGAACGGCAAGGAAAUCCUUUCUGGUAUUCAGGGCGCCUGCCUUCCUGGACAAAUUACCGCAAUCAUGGGAGCUUCGGGAGCUGGCAAGACUACUUUCCUGGAUAUUCUGGCCCGAAAGAACAAACGGGGAGCCGUUCAAGGUGACUUCUACGUAAAUGGCGAGAAGAUCGAUGAUCACGAAUUCAAGAGUAUGACUGGAUUUGUUGACCAAGAAGACACCAUGCUUCCUACGUUGACUGUCCACGAAACCAUCCUGACUAGUGCCUUGCUACGUUUGCCACGGGAUAUGAGCCAAGCGGCAAAGGAGCAGAAGGUCUUGGAAACCGAGAAACAGCUUGGUAUCUACCACAUCAAGGACCAGUUGAUCGGCUCAGAAGAGGGCAAGGGUCGUGGUAUUUCCGGUGGUGAAAAGCGUCGUGUUGGUAUUGCCUGCGAGCUGGUCACUAGCCCUAGCAUACUUUUCUUGGAUGAGCCCACUAGCGGACUGGAUGCCUUCAAUGCUUUCAACGUGGUAGAAUGCUUGGUAACCCUGGCCAAAACGUACAAUCGUACCGUCAUAUUUACCAUUCAUCAACCACGCUCAAACAUUGUUGCUCUUUUCGACAGGCUCAUCCUUCUUGCCGAGGGCCGUACUGUUUACUCGGGCCCUUUCUCGUCAUGCCAACAAUACUUCGACGAGGUGGGCUACUCCUGCCCGCCGGGCUUCAAUAUCGCGGAUUAUCUCGUCGAUCUUACGAUGCAUGCGAGUGGGGCGCACUCCUACGAAGGAUAUACAGACGGAAGGGAAAUCGACGGACAAACUGCACCCCCUAAGACUGCCUCUAGCAGCCUCAGAGCCGUCAAGUCUGUCGCUAGCGCAUCUAAUGUUAGCUUUGAGGACAACUCUAGUAGCGCCGCUGAGCACACGCGUCGGCCAAAAAACAAGCGAAGGGUGUCUGUGAAGCAGCAGCAAGAACGUCAGCUCUACUCGAGACGUAAAGAGGACCGGCCCACAACGCCGAAGACCGACGAAGAAGAUGCAACCCUGGAGACGUCCGAGUCUCACCAACAGUGGCUACGACUUUCGCGUCAGAACCACGGCCAGGUGCCUCCGCAGAUUCUGGAUGAUCCGGAUCAGCUCCCGCCUCCGGCACCUGGCAUGUCGGACCUUGAUGUCCUCGUUGCCAGCUACGCGAACUCCGAUGUUUGCCAAUCUGUCCAUGAUGAGAUUAUUUGGGCUGUUCAGAACGCGCACGCUGCAAACGGAUCAGCCAACUCCCACCUCGCCGGCGAGGCAGGAUCACAGUCGAAAAGCUAUGCUCGCGUCAGCCUGGCCCGGCAAUUCAUCAUCUUGUCUCAGCGUACAUGGCGCAAUCUGUACCGCAACCCCAUGCUCAUGCUCACCCACUACGCAAUCGCUAUUCUUCUGGCGGUAUUGUCGGGAUACCUCUUCUACGGUCUGACUGAUGACAUCAAGGGCUUCCAGAACCGUCUUGGUCUGUUCUUCUUCAUUCUUGCAUUGUUCGGAUUCAGUACCCUGACAAGCCUUACGGUCUUCUCCUCCGAGCGGCUCUUGUUCGUUCGGGAGCGGGCCAAUGGCUACUACCACCCUGUGACCUACUUCACCGCCAAGGUUGUCUUUGACAUUGUUCCUUUGCGGCUCAUCCCACCCAUCAUAAUGGGAAUCAUCGUUUACCCGAUGACCGGAUUGAUCCCGGCCUGGCCCGAAUUCCUACGGUUCAUGCUGGUGUUGGUACUUUUCAAUCUCGCGGCUGCCAACAUCUGCUUGUUCAUUGGUAUUAUCUUCCGUGACGGCGGCGUGGCCAACCUGAUCGGCAGCCUGGUGAUGCUCUUCAGCUUGCUUUUUGCGGGUCUAUUGCUCAAUCACGACGCUAUCCCCAAAUCUGCCUUGUGGCUCCAAAGUUUAUCGAUCUUCCAUUACGGGUUUGAAGCUUUAAUUGUCAACGAAGUCACCUUCCUCACUCUGAUCGAUCACAAGUAUGGCCUAGAUAUCGAAGUCCCUGGCGCUUCUAUCCUGAGCGCAUUCGGAUUUGAUACUCUGGCCUAUUGGUAUGAUGUGGCCGGUCUUGCCGUCAUCUCGGGGGCCUUCAUUAUCAUUGCAUAUGCAGCGAUGCAUUUCCUGCUUGUGGAGAAGCGUUAG